AUUGUGACCAAACCUUCCAGCGUGUUGUUCAGUAAUUUUGUAACCUGAAGAUAAGAGAGAGCCACAGAUGGUCUCUUGGGGUGUGUAACAGAAGCAGAGUAUCCAGAGAUGUGUGCUGGAGAAGAGAAUUGGGUCGACAAUCGGACUGUUUACGUGGGACACAAGGAGCCCCCGCCAGGUGCUGAGGCCUACAUUCCGCAGAGGUACCCAGAUAACAGAAUAGUCUCCGCCAAGUACACAUUUUGGAACUUCAUACCCAAGAACUUGUUUGAACAAUUCAGAAGAAUCGCCAACUUUUAUUUUCUUAUCAUAUUUCUGGUCCAGUUGAUUAUUGAUACACCCACAAGUCCAGUAACGAGUGGACUGCCACUGUUCUUUGUCAUCACUGUCACAGCUAUCAAACAGGGCUAUGAAGACUGGCUUCGCCAUAAAGCAGAUAAUGCCAUGAACCAGUGCCCUGUUCAUUUCAUCCAGCAUGGCAAGCUGGUUCGGAAGCAGAGCCGAAAGCUGAGAGUUGGGGACAUCGUCAUGGUCAAGGAGGAUGAGUCCUUCCCCUGUGACUUGAUCUUCCUGUCCAGCAGCCGGGGAGAUGGGACCUGCCACGUGACAACCACCAGCUUAGAUGGAGAGUCGAGUCACAAAACACAUUAUGCAGUUCAAGACACAAAGGGAUUUCAAACAGAAGAAGAGAUAGAUGGCCUCCACGCUACCAUUGAGUGCGAGCAGCCCCAGCCCGACCUCUACAGGUUUGUGGGCCGAAUAAAUGUUUACAAUGAUCAGAAUGACCCCGUGGUGAGGCCAUUAGGAUCGGAAAACGUGCUUCUUAGAGGAGCCACACUAAAGAACACUGAGAAAAUCUUUGGUGUUGCUAUUUAUACGGGCAUGGAAACCAAGAUGGCAUUAAAUUAUCAAUCAAAAUCCCAGAAACGAUCCGCUGUAGAAAAAUCAAUGAAUGUGUUCCUCAUAGUGUACCUCUGCAUUCUCAUCAGCAAAGCGCUGAUAAAUACUGUCCUGAAGUACGUGUGGCAGAGUGAACCAUCCCGAGAUGAGCCGUGGUAUAAUCAGAAAACCGAAGCAGAAAGACAGAGGAACCUGUUUCUCAGGGCGUUCACGGACUUCCUGGCCUUCAUGGUUCUGUUCAACUACAUCAUCCCCGUGUCCAUGUACGUCACGGUGGAGAUGCAGAAGUUCCUUGGCUCGUAUUUCAUCACCUGGGAUGAAGAAAUGUUUGACGAGGACAUGGGCGAAGGGCCUCUGGUCAACACCUCGGAUUUAAACGAAGAGUUAGGACAGGUGGAGUACAUCUUCACAGACAAGACUGGGACUCUCACCGAGAACAACAUGGAGUUCAAGGAGUGCUGCAUCGAGGGCCACGUCUACGUGCCGCACGUCAUCUGCAACGGGCAGGUUCUCCCCGGCGCCACCGGCAUCGACAUGAUCGACUCCUCCCCGGGGGUCAGUGGCAGGGAGCGAGAAGAGCUGUUUUUCCGGGCCCUCUGCCUGUGCCACACCGUCCAGGUGAAGGACGACGAUGACGUGGACGGGCCCAGGAAGUCACCAGACUCAGGGAAAUCCUGUGUGUACAUAUCGUCCUCGCCCGACGAGGUGGCCUUAGUGGAGGGUGUCCAGAGACUUGGUUUUACAUACCUACGGCUAAAGGAUAACCACAUGGAGAUAUUAAAUAGGGAUAAUUACAUCGAAAGGUUUGAAUUGCUGGAAAUUUUGAGUUUUGACUCAGUAAGAAGGAGAAUGAGUGUAAUUGUAAAAUCUGAUACAGGAGAAAUUUUUCUCUUUUGCAAAGGAGCAGAUUCUUCAAUAUUUCCCCGAGUAAUAGAAGGCAAAGUCGACCAGAUCCGAGCCAGAGUGGAACGGAAUGCUGUGGAGGGGCUCCGGACUUUGUGCGUUGCCUACAAAAGGCUCAGCCCAGAAGAAUAUGAAGGCAUCUAUAAAUUGCUACAGGCUUGCAAGAUGGCCCUUCAAGAUCGAGAAAAGAAAUUAGCAGAAGCCUGUGAGCAGAUAGAGAAAGAUCUUACUCUGCUUGGUGCUACCGCCGUUGAGGAUCAGCUCCAGGAGAAAGCUGCUGACACCAUAGAAGCUCUGCAGAAGGCCGGCAUCAAAGUCUGGGUGCUCACCGGGGACAAGAUGGAGACGGCGGCAGCCACCUGCUACGCCUGCAAACUUUUCAGGAGGAACACACAGCUGCUUGAACUAACCACCAAGAAAAUUGAGGAGCAGAGUUUACAUGAUGUCCUGUUUGAGCUGAGUAAGACUGUCCUGCGCUGCAACGGCAGCUUAACCAGGGACAACCUCUCAGGACUUUCAACAGAUAUGCAAGACUAUGGUUUAAUUAUUGAUGGAGCUGCGCUGUCUUUAAUAAUGAAACCCCGUGAAGAUGGCAGCUGCAGCAACUACCGAGAACUGUUCCUGAACAUCUGCCGGAACUGCAGCGCCGUGCUGUGCUGCCGGAUGGCCCCUCUGCAGAAGGCCCAGAUUGUUAAAUUAAUCAAAUUUUCAAAAGAGCACCCUAUUACAUUAGCAAUCGGUGAUGGCGCAAAUGAUGUCAGCAUGAUCCUGGAGGCCCAUGUGGGCAUAGGUGUCAUUGGAAAGGAAGGUCGUCAGGCUGCAAGGAACAGUGACUAUGCAAUACCUAAAUUUAAGCAUUUAAAGAAGAUGCUACUCGUUCAUGGGCAUUAUUAUUACAUUAGGAUAUCUGAGCUUGUGCAAUACUUCUUUUAUAAGAAUGUCUGCUUCAUUUUCCCUCAGUUUUUAUACCAGUUCUUCUGUGGGUUUUCACAGCAGACGCUGUAUGACACCGCCUACCUGACACUGUACAACAUCAGUUUCACUUCCCUUCCGAUUCUCUUGUACAGCCUGAUGGAGCAGCACGUCAGCAUGGACACACUCAAGAGGGACCCUUCCCUCUACAGAGAUAUCGCCAAGAACGCUCUACUCCGCUGGCGAGUGUUCAUUUACUGGACAUUCUUAGGAGUAUUUGACGCUCUGGUAUUUUUCUUUGGUGCUUACUUCAUGUUUGAAAAUGCAUCUGUGACCAGCAAUGGACAGAUAUUCGGAAACUGGACCUUUGGGACGCUGGUGUUCACUGUGAUGGUGUUUACCGUCACACUAAAGCUGGCAUUAGAUACACACUACUGGACUUGGAUAAACCACUUUGUCAUCUGGGGGUCGCUGCUAUUCUACGUUGUCUUUUCCCUCCUCUGGGGAGGAAUCAUCUGGCCAUUCCUCAAUUAUCAAAGGAUGUACUAUGUGUUCAUCCAGAUGUUAUCCAGUGGCCCUGCCUGGCUGGCCAUCAUCCUGCUCAUCACGAUCAGCCUCCUUCCCGAUGUUCUCAAGAAAGUCCUGUGCAGGCAGCUGUGGCCCAGCGCCACAGAGAGAGUCCAGGACAUGCCCACCCAGAGUCGGGACCUCUUUGAAGUCAGCCGUUUUGUCUCUCUGCACAGCCCCCACACCUCGGCCAUCUGCCCCACACAGGUGACGCUAACGUGCCCAGAGAGCAAGGAGUGCUCGGUCCUCCCUCCCAUGGUCUGUGUCUCGGACACCUGUCACCAUCCCAGCGGGAAGCCCUGCUGCCAUGAGCCCUGCAGGGAGGCAGGUGGCGAACAGAUCACCAGUUCAAGCCUUUAA